AUGACAGUAAUCGAUAACACUGAAAGCCUCUAAAAUUCUCAAUUGCUCGCUUAACAAUAGCAUGACGAAUUUUUGAAGAUUGAGAUUGUACAUUAAUAACUUGAAGAUAAAGAUGCUUAAAAAAUUGGUUAAAGUCUUCAUAAUUUUUGUGACAUUUAAUACUUAAAAAUGGACUUGCACCACAACAAAAUUGGCCCACAGGGUGCUUGCGAAAUAGCCAAUGGCCUUUAAAGAUGUUUCAAUUUAGAAGUUCUUGUUAUAAAUCUUUGCUACAAUGCUAUUUGUGCUGAUGGAUUGAAAGCUCUCAUAAAAGGAAUUUAAAAUUGUAAAAACCUUAGAUAACUUACACUAAAUUUAAAUGGAAACAAUAUAAGAGAUGAAGGAAUCAUCUAAUUUUACGAGAGACUAGGGACAUUUGAUAACUUAAGUAAAUUAAGUCUUCAUUUAAGUCAAAAUAAAAUUACAGACGUUGGCGCUUAAUACUUAGCUAAGGCUUUUUGCAAAUUUUAAUCAAUUAGUGAAUUGAAAAUACAUCUUUUUUCUAAUCGAAUUGGUUAGGAGGGUUUGGAUUGCAUGGUAAAAAGUUUAAAAAAUACAAGCAUUAAAGAUCUCCGUAUAGACAUUAGAUAAAACGAGAUUGAUGAGACUGGAAUGAUUAAUUUGGUGAAAGAUAUAAAAAAUUGUAAAUAUUUAAGAAACUUGCACAUAGAAAUUAAUCGCAAUAAUUUUGAAGAAAACACUCUCUUUAAACUGGCUCAAGGACUCAAAUAUUGUACUUAAAUUAUGACACUUAAAAUCAACAUAUUAUCAUAAAACUACGAUGAUGAAAUAAUUGACUAGCUUAUAAAGACUCUCAAAAAAAUGAAAAGAUUAGUUAGCUUAUGUAUAGUUUGA